AUGGGCAUGGUUCUGUACGCGACGGGUGCGAUGGCACAGGAUUUGCCGCCGCUCGCUAUUCAACCGAACGCUGAACGCGUGACAUUCGAGCAUAUCGACGCGCUGAACGCCUGUGACUGGAACAGGCUCAUGGCUCAAUAUCCCGAAGAAGUGCUUUUCAUAUUGCCGAACGGAGUGUGGAUCGAAGGCCGGAAAAACAUAGGUGACGUUUUUGCCGGCUUCUGCAAGCCAAGAGAAGAGGGUGGCUUCAAGGGCGCAACGUUCAUUGCGGAAAAGGUCAAGACGGUUGGUGACACCGUAAAUGUGUCCUGGCGGGUGGAGGCGGACUAUCUCGCUGAGCCCUACAAGGGAGCGGAUGCAUACGUCACCCGCGACGGAUUGAUGUACGCGCAGGUUCUGCGCGACUUCAACGGACACGACCGCUGGCACCCGGCAGUUACAACAAGCCAGAUCGAACGCGGCGGAAGCGCUGACAGGGUCGGCGCAGUCCGUCGCUUCAGACUGAAAGACGGGUCCGAGCUCAGGGAACAGCUCCUGACACUUUCAGAUCUGGAGCAGACCUACUCGUAUUGCCUUCUGGAUACGCCAAUACCGCUCUUCAAUUAUGUCGCGCAUGUCCGCCUGUCCCCGGUGACCGAUGACGACACGACGCUGUGGGAAUGGCAAAGCCGCUUCGAUGUCCCGGCAGGCCGCGACAGGGAACUCGCGGCGCUUGUCGGUGACGACAUUUAUGUGGCCGGGUUCAAGGCCGUUUCGGAUUUCAUGGGACUGGAGGCGUAA